CCGGCUCGUAAGAGGCUGGAAGGGGCGCCGGAGAGACCCCGGGCCCGGCGCCGCCCCAUCCCGAAGUCCCCGGGGGUCCAGCCCCGCACCGCUGACCUGUGCUGCUGAGCGAGGGGCUGGAGGGGGUGCCCGAGGGAGCCCGGGGCUGGCGUCCGCCCCGCUGCAGCCCAGCCUCUGGUGGUCCCCCAGCACCUCCGCCCCGCUCGCCCUUCUCGUGGGAGGACUUGGCGCAGAAGUCCCUUCAGGCAGGCUUUUCCUGACCUCCCUGUCCAGCAUUCACCCCUGCCCUCCAUCCUGUCAUCUGCCUGAUUCCUGCACAGCGCUGGCGCUGUGGGAGGGCAUCGCCUGCUCCCCCGGGGCGCAGCCGUAGUAACUGGCGCGGACGCCUUCGCCUGUGCCGGGAGUCGAGUGGAUGUUUGUCAGAUAAAGGCGUGCACACACCCUGACCGUGCUCUUCAUCCUCACCUGUGUGCUUGGCUACGUGACUCUGCUGGAGGAGACGCCUCAGGACACAGCCUACAACACCAAGAGAGGUAUUGUGGCCAGUAUUUUGGUUUUCUUAUGUUUUGGAGUCACACAAGCCAAAGACGGGCCAUUUUCCAGACCUCAUCCAGCGUACUGGAGGUUUUGGCUGUGCGUCAGUGUGGUCUACGAGCUGUUCCUCAUCUUCAUACUCUUCCAGACCGUCCAGGAUGGCCGCCAGUUUCUGAAGUAUGUUGACCCCAGGCUAGGGGUCCCACUGCCGGAGAGGGACUACGGGGGGAACUGCCUCAUCUACGAUGCAGACAACAAGACUGAUCCCUUCCACAACGUCUGGGACAAGCUGGACGGCUUUGUGCCUGCACACUUUCUUGGCUGGUACCUGAAGACCCUGAUGAUCCGCGACUGGUGGACAUGCACGAUCGUGAGCGUUAUGUUCGAGUUCCUGGAGUACAGCCUGGAGCACCAGCUGCCCAACUUCAGCGAGUGCUGGUGGGACCACUGGAUCAUGGACGUGCUCGUCUGCAACGGGCUGGGCAUCUACUGCGGCAUGAAGACCCUCAAGUGGCUGUCCCUCAAGACGUACAAGUGGCAGGGCCUCUGGAACAUUCCGACCUACAAGGGCAAGAUGAAGAGGAUUGCCUUCCAGUUCACGCCCUACAGCUGGGUGCGCUUCGAGUGGAAGCCGGCCUCCAGCCUGCGCCGCUGGCUGGCCGUGUGCGGCAUCAUCCUGGUGUUUCUGUUGGCAGAGCUGAACACGUUCUACCUGAAGUUCGUGCUGUGGCUGCCCCCCGAGCACUACCUGGUCCUCCUGCGGCUGGUCUUCUACGUGAACGUGGGCGGCGUGGCCAUGCGGGAGAUCUACGACUUCAUGGACGACCCGAAGCCGCAUAAGAAACUGGGCCAGCAGGCCUGGCUGGUGGCCGCCAUCACAGCCACGGAGCUGCUGAUCGUGGUCAAGUACGACCCACACACGCUCACACUGUCCCUGCCCUUCUACAUCGCCCAGUGCUGGACGCUCGGCUCCGUGCUGGUGCUCACCUGGACCGUCUGGCGCUUCUUCCUGCGGGACAUCACCCUGCGGUACAAGGAGACCCGACGGCAGAAGCAGCAGAGCGGUGGUGACAAGGGCAGCGCCAAGGGCAAUGCGGAUGGGACCCCGCCCGGGCCGGAUGUGCCCCCCGGGCCUGUGGAGGCUGAGAGGGAGGGGGCACCGGCUCUGGACUGACAUUGCCCCUCGCCGCCCAGGACCCAGGCCUGCUGUCCCUUCGUCCUGUGAUUCCCGUCAGGAGCCUUAGGCCUUGCUCUCGUGGUUUUUCCUCCGUGUGCACAGCCGGGCUCUGAGGAGGGCAUGAAGGAGGCCCUGACCUGGGCUGGUGUGCGUGUGUGGCGUGUGUGCGCGUGUGCACGUGUGCGUGUGCGUGGCAUGUGUGCAGGUGUGCGUCGUGUGGCAUGUGUGUGCAUACACGUCUGUGCUCCGUGCUCCUGGCUCCUGAGACUUCUCAGGCUGGCAGGUGUGGCCGGGGUUUACCCUGGACCCCCUAGGUCCCCUUCCUGUGUGGUCAGCCCACUGGCCUCUGGGCCCACACCAAGCCCUGGUGCCCAUACGGCCUGGCCCUUUCUCCCCACUGGCCCCCCUUGGCCCCAUGGCCACACGUGUUAGUGACUGACCCAUGAAUACCCGAGAUGGCGGAGACAGUGUGGACCUGAGCUGCAGCCCUGAGCCGUUUCCUCGGGAGCCUUCCUCUAACCCAGCUAACCUGGAGGGCGUGUGGACAGGGCGGGGGGCACCGGGUCAGGAACUCCCAAGGCCCGGUGCCCAUGGUUGGGAGGAGGGGUCAUGGGGUCUCUGGCCCGAGUUGGUCAUCUCCAUGAGCAAACAGAACAAAUAAAUGGACAAUGGUC